AUGGCACUGGGUCAUCCGAGCCCAAAGUUACAGGUCUUGGCCGGCCCGUCGGCUGAUGAGCUAUCUCCGGUCAAUGUGAAUGCCGACAAGACCGAUCCGUUCAGGAUCCAUACCGAUCGUUUUGAAGGCGCCUUGACCGUAAGGAUCAAGAACUUCCUUGGGGCCGAUGAUUGUCUCUCCAAGGAGACCGAAAACAAGUAUUUCGAAGAGUGGCCUGAGAUGACCUGCAGCAUCCAGAUACAAGGUCGGUUCCUUCAACCAACGAAUGCUGAUGAUUGUAUGUGGGGUAAUAGCUUCGAUAGGCCUAUUCGUGAUCGAUUGCCUUACGGCACUUCUGUGGCGUUGAAGGCGAUCUCUUACAUCGAUCCAUCCUUAGAGCAUGAUAUUUAUAGUGAUAAACCUUGGGCUUGGUCGCCACUCUUGGCCACGAUGAACCAUGUGCAAACCGAACGAUUGGAAUCUGGUGAUUCACCAUUGCCCGAUUGGGAAGGCACUCGACCAGUUGAAGACUGCAACAGUGUCGUCGGAGAAUUAGAAACAAUCACCUCGAAGCGCGAACGACGGCGAUUCCUGUCAUCGCCUGAAAACCGACAAGCUUGUAUCUUGGGGCCUAGAAUUAAUGUCGAGUUCGUCAAUGGGUUUGUGGACUACUCUACUUUGAGAUUACAGAUACCUAUCGUCAAAUUAUCAUUCAGGCUGGAUAAGCUGUGGGAUGGUCAACCAGUCAGAUACGAAUGCAUCUCACGCUCAACCCUCCAAACCUACUUCGUCAUCGUGGUGCAGAUCGUCGAAUUGAAUGGUGAACCUGUGUCGGAAUAA